CCAAGCACGGUCGCCGUCUCCCCAUCCCCGCGAGCAACCUGACCCAGCUCUUCUUACCUCGGACUCCCUCAGGCCCGGCGCCUGAACACGCCAGCUUCUCUGACCGCUCCAGGUUCGGGCUCUGGCGUCCCACCACAGCCCAGGCAGCGCGCGAGAAGGAAUCAUCUAGACAGGACAGAUGCUGUAAAGAAAAAGUGAUGAUUGAACCAAAUGAAGGAAUGUCAGAGAAGGAAGUUUCUUCAAAAACUAUUGAAAAUAAAAUCUCUUCAAAUACUAAAAAUAGAAUAUCUUCAAAGAGUAUUUCAAACAAAGAAAUAGAAACAAAUCUACAAUCUAAGCUAUGGUCAUCUUCCUUCUUAAAAGAAAGCACAGGUGAAAUGAGCAAAAAUGUAGUCAUUGCAGAGCGGGAGAAAAAUAAUGAACAUUGCCCUGAGGAUAUCGAUGAUAAGUUGUCUGAAUCAACAGAUGAUGAUGGUGAGGAUACCAGUGAUGAAGAUAAGGAGGAAGACAGCAACCCUAAUAAGGAUACUCAUGCCCCAUUAGAGUUAAUGACAGAAUUCCUGAGAGCAGAAAUGGGCCACGACUACCAUCUGGCAAAAAAAUUAUGUCAGAUGAUCCUAAUCUAUGAACCAGAAAAUCCUGAGGCCAAGGAGUUUUUCUCACUGAUUGAAGAAAUGCUGCUGAUGGAGAAAGCACAAAAUCUUGAGGAAGAGGAUGACGAGAGUGAAGACAACAAUAGUGAGAGUGAAGGAGGGAGCACUGAGGAUCCAAGCGAAGAGAGCUCUGAUGAGUGUGAAGAUGGGUGACGAUAACUGCUGCUAUAGUUUAAUCUUCAUGUGUGUUCAUUACUGUAUACUGUGGAAAUAUAAAGAAGAGAGCUGCA